GUGUGUGUGUGCCUUGAUUCGUCUCAUAUGAGUGAGCAGUGCGUGUGUGAGCGUGGGGUGUGUGUAGUGUGAGUCGGAGGACAGAAGAGAAGGGCGAGACUGGUCCUUCCUGUGGCCUCGAGGUCAGCCUCACUCAGCCAGCGGCUCUGCGGCCGGGCUGGCCCCUCUGGUGCGGAGCCCCGACAUGAAGUCCCCCCGGAAAGUGCUUCUGGUGGCUCCUCUGCUCCUUCUCCUGCCCUUUCACACCUCGGCCUCUGCAGCUCACGAUGACCAGCCCGGCGCCAGGCCCUCCAACGGGCACACCUGUGUGGGCUGUGUGCUAGUGGUGUCUGUGAUCAAACAGCUGGCUCAAGUCCACAACUCCACGGUCCAGGCCUCCAUGGAGAGACUGUGCAGCUACCUGCCGGAAAAACUGUUCCUAAAAGCCACCUGCUACCUAGUGGUUCGCACGUUUGGACCAGAUAUCAUAAAACUGCUCAGUGCUGAUAUGAAUGCUGAUGUCGUGUGUCACACACUAGAGUUCUGUCACCAGGGCCCGGGCCAGGCACUGUGUCAUCUCUACCCACUUCCCAAGGAGGCGUGGAAAGUCACCCUGGAGAAGGCAAGACAGAUCGUCAAGAAACCCCCAACUCUGAAACACCUGAGAGGUGGUGCUGAUAUCUGCGCCCUCCCAUUCCUGGCGAAGAUCUGUCAGAAGUUUAAGCGAACUAUCAGGAAUUCGGUGCCAUUCAGAGAUGUCGACUCAGACAAUUACAGCAUUUCCCCAACGCUGCGCGGCUACCACUGGCGAGGGAGAGACUGCAAUGACAGCGACGAGAUGGCCUACCCCGGCAGAAGGCCAGACCGCUGGGAUGAACAUCGGGAUUCCAACUGCAACGGCAUCUGGGGUGUUGAUCCAAAAGACGGACUCCCCUAUGAGAAGAAGUUCUGUGAAGGGUCAGAGCCCAGGGGAAUCGUGCUGCUGGGAGACUCAGCCGGGGCUCAUUUCCACAUCCCUCCGGAAUGGAUCACGGCUUCGCAGAUGUCCUUGAAAUCCUUCUUCAAUUUACCCACAGCACUUACUGAUGAGCUUGACUGGCCCCAACUUUCUGGUGCUACUGGAUUUCUUCUGAACGCCACUAGCGGAAUUAAAGGAAACUCUAUCUACCUUCACCUACGGAGAAGGAACCGCUGCAAUCACCGGGACUACCAGAAUAUUUCAAAAAACGGUGCAUCUUCCCAAAACCUGGAGACAUUCAUAGAAAGUUUGUCUAGGAACCCACUGUUGGACCACCCAGCCAUCGUCAUAUACGCCAUGAUUGGAAACGACGUCUGCAACGGGAGGAGUGACCCAGUCCCAGAAAUGACCACUCCUGAGCAAUUCUAUUCCAAGGUCAUGGAGACCCUGAAGUACCUCAACGCCCGCCUGCCCAACGGCAGCCACGUGAUUCUGUACGGCUUGCCGGACGGGACCUUCCUCUGGGAUCAUUUGCACAGCAGAUACCAUCCUCUCGGCCAGCUGAACAGGGACGUGACCUACGGGCAGUUGUAUGCCUUCCUGAGCUGCCUUCAGGUCAGCCCGUGCCAUGGUUGGAUGUCGGCCAACGAGACCCUCCGGACACUCACCUCGCAGAGAGCAGCACUACUCUCCAAUACACUGAAGAAGAUUGCCACCAACCAGGAAUUUACCAGCUUCCGUCUUUACUACAUGGAUUUUGACUUCCAAGAAAUCAUAAAGAAGUGGCAGAAGAGAGGCGGGCAGCCCUGGCAGCUCCUCGAACCCGUCGAUGGAUUCCACCCCAAUGAGGUGGCGUCGCUGCUGCUGGCAGAUGACUUGUGGGACAAGGUGCAGCUGCAGUGGCCCCAAGUCCUGGGGAAGGAGAAUCCGUUCAACGCCCAGAUUGAACAGGUGUUUGGAGACCAAGGCGGACACUGAGUCCCCCGGGGACAUGGGCUCCCGGGGGGCUUAAGGAAACGGAAACGGGUAAACUCAUCGGCACGCAGUUCCAGGGCUGCUGUGCCAGGCUCGCAGGCCUCUCCCUACAGCCCCUUCGCAGUGCUUUUCUCUCCUCAAGGAGCGCAUCGGAACGACAGGGUGGCUCUGAGCUUCUGGGUUCAGGUCCCCGCCCACUGGCCCUCAUGCCACAUUCAAUAAAGAGCUUCGGGCCCGGCCAGUGUGGCCCGUGAACCA